AUGGCGCAAGACACGGCGAGCGCCAUUCUCAAGGACGACGAGGCCCUGGGUCUUCGUGAGGAGAAAAAGACAGAAGACUUCUCAGGCCAGGCGGAGGCCCUCAUUGAACGGGUUGAAAAUGCGCGUCAGGCGAGUAUCCUUGGCACAGCGUCUCCACAGACUUCAGCUGAGGGCUUGCGGGGUGCCCAUGUGUUUGCGGACGAAAUUCUUGCGUUAGAGAAGAAGUGCCGCCAAGCGCAGGACGGGGCUAGCGGCUCAAAGCUUUGUGCCUGUUAUCUCCGCUGCUUCGUAAAGGUGGAGGACAAGGAGAAGAAAGACGUCGUGCUCAGCCCAGAUGCGGAGUUGCAGGUCGACGCACUGGAUCCGGAGACCCUCGAGAACGUUGACAAGGAGUCUCCGGGCUUCUCUGUUUCCUUUUUGAAUGCUCGAGGUGUGGAGGCUUUUGCACAAGAAGUGACGGUGCUCAUUAAAAGAAGGGGGCAACUCAAGCGAAGUAUCUGUGCGGUCGUCAGACUCAGCAUGCAGUUGCUGCAAUACCUGAAACCCGCGGACAAGGAGCAUUUUAUCGAAUCCUUAAGGCUCGCUACGGAGGGGAAGAUCUUUGUCGAGGUUGAGCGGGCACGCCUGAUUUUGCUGUCCGCCCUCAUGAAGGAGAAGGCUGGAAAUGUAGAACAAGCCACCCUUAUGCUGCAGGAUGUGCAGGUCGAGACAUUUGGCGCGAUGGAACGCGAGGAAAAGACUCGGUAUAUCCUGAAGCAGAUGCUGUUGCUUCUGCGUCGCUCGGAUUUUAUUCGCUGCCAGAUUGUUAGCAAGAAGCUAAGCCCUAAGCUGCUCGAGGCUGAGGACCUGCAGCCCUUGAAAGUGAAGUUUUAUGAACUGAUGACGUUGUACUACCUGCAUGAAAACGCGCUGCUUGACGUCGCCAAGUGCUUCGGACACAUCUACAAUACAAAAAUCACACAGGAAGACGCAGGGAAAGCAAAGGAGUGCCUGGAGUGUUUUGUCAUUUUUAUGGUUUUGGCACCUCACGAUGCUGAGGCGAAGGCCCUCAUUGCAAAGACGCUCAAAGAGGAGAUAAAGAAGCUGCAGCAGCUCCCAGCCUUCGAGCAGCUCUUGAGGGACCUGUGCGGAGUUGAACUCCUCUCCUGGCCUCUGCCGUACGAUGCCGAUUUGCAUCACCAUGCAGUUUUCGGAGAAGACAAAUUUCAAGGCGGCGCGAAGAGAUGGACGUUGCUCAGGAAACGCGUCAUCCAACAUAAUCUCCGGGUCCUAUGCGAACAUUACAGCGUUAUCGAGUUGCAGCGUGUGGCGUCGCUCCUCGGUGUCUCAGAAGCGGAGGCUGAGACGGAGCUUUGCGAGUUGGCGAGUGCUGGUGCUCUAGACGCUAAGAUCGACCGACCCGCCAGAACUGUAGCGUUUGGAAAGCGCAAGACAGAUCUGCUUGUUCUGGAAGAAUGGUCUUCCUCACUUUCAAACAUUUGCUUUGUUCUCAGGUUGUUGGACAAGGUGGACCUGUGCUGCCACAUGAUACAAAAAGAGAGAAUGGUUCAUGCGGCGCGCGCCACAGCGGCUGCAGCAAAUGCAAAACUCACUUCCUGA